AUGGCCGAUUCCGUAUACUAUGUCGCCGUCGAGGACGACGUUGACCAGAAACUUUUUAGCCUUUCUGUCCGGCACAUCAGAAGGCUUUGCUUGCGAGCCUUACUUCAUGGCGUCGAUUCCUCUUUUUCAUUUUUGCUUACCGAGAGUCACUCUUCAUUCGGAAAUGUCGGAACGCUGUUUGUUCAACGUAAGCAACCGCGUUCAUUCGAUAUCGAUUGUCUUGUGGGAUACGGAACUUUUUCGAACAAGUUGAUGGAUUUUGCGUUUUUUGUUGUAGAACUGAAAGUAUUGAUUGGCUCGUAUUGAUGACAUUUAUUCAUAAUACAAUUUUACAAAUAUGACAGCGACUCGCCCUCGCCUCUGCUACUCUUCAUGGUGGAUACAGCAGGGCGCUUUUUUUUCGAGAUCCUUUUCCUUUGUUUUCUCUUCGUAUCAGUUUUCAUCUAUCUGCGUAUUGAUUUUUGCGACUAGAUAUACAUGGAGAUAAUUUGAUUGGUAGUUGAUGCAGUUUUAUUGCUAUUUGGGUCUGUCGAAACUUAAAAAGAUAAACUUACAUUGAAAGGUGGUCCUCUGUAGUCUCUUUCGAUUACAUACUCUGUGGCGGACACAAAAAGAAAAAGUUCAAUUUUGUUACUCACGACGACGACCGAGGACGCCUUUUCAAUCUUUCCUUUUUUGUAUCAAUUAUUGGUGCUGAAAAAUCAAUUUCAAUGCACAUGGCCAAUGUGCUACUUUGUUUCUGUUGUACAGGUUCCUGCUAAAAGAUAGCGUAUAUACAAGAUUUCUGAUCAUUAAAUCGUCUGAAUCAAUAAGUUUGUGUUAAUUUUUUGGUUUCUGUCUCUUUGCUUUAUUAGGUAGUUUCGUUCGUUGGAUCGUCUGAUUGUUGCCUGAGCCAUCUGGGGUGUCUGUGCAUGAGCAAGCAGCUACUGACCAAUAUUCCCAAUUCGAUGAGACCGAAUUUAUGGUUUCUCAAAUAUUUCUAGAAGAUACGAUAUUUAUAGUUUUUUGCUCAUUCUUUCUUAGACUCUGACAAAAACACCAGAAUCAAUCGGUCAUUCUGAGCUCUUUUGACCAACAGAAACAGAU